GUCCACCUCCGUGAUCGGAAGUCCUAACGGUGCUAUAAAGACCCAAACCCCCGCAAACACCUGGGAGAACCGGUUACCUUACAAACGUGACACGACUUUCUGAAAUUUUGCAGGCGAAGUGGAUCAGUUCGAUUUUGGAAGGUUUCCCUUUAGCCGAGGAGGAAAUAUUGGCGUAACGAGUAUGAGCGUUGCACCAAUAGGUGUUUAACGCUAUACAAACACACAUACACACACACACAAACUUAUUUUGAGCAACAAGAUUACGGUGGAUGGAUUGCUACCUAAACGUUUUCCUUGGAUUGCUGUAAACGGACUAAUAAUCGCAUGUCCAAGAGGCUCUAAUAUUUGGGGGCUCCACUCUUGCACUCCUGUGACCGAGUGCAAACGCGAAAGAGCGGUUUCGGUGAGCGUAACAGCCGCGGAGUGAGGACUUUUCUCUCUCGGAGCUGAUGGCAGCCUCUGCGUCUUCCUCAUCUGGCGGGGAGCCGGAUCCCAACUCCACUAAUUUACGACCACCAUCCACAACUUAUGACUGGUGUGGAGUUGCACAUGGAUGCACCAGAAGGCUUGGAAUGAAGAUCUGCGGGUUCCUGCAGAAGAGCAACAACCUGGAGGAGGAGAACAGAUUUGCUGGUUCCUUCAAGGACCGUCAGUCUGCUAAAAACCUGCUAGCUUGUCAAAACAGCCUCCGAGAUUCGCGAUUCAAUCGUAACGAUACCGAUUUUUCGAAUCUCUAUGCCCGAGAUCUGUUGCCGGCCAAAAAUGGGGAAGAGACGACCAUGCAGUUCUUACUGGAGGUUGUUGACAUUCUCACAAACUACGUGCGGAAGACCUUUGACAGAUCUACCAAAGUGCUGGACUUCCACCAUCCCCACCAGCUACUGGAGGGAAUGGAGGGGUUCAACCUGGAGCUGUCCGACCAGCCCGAGUCUCUGGAGCAGAUCCUAGUGGACUGCAGAGAUACUCUGAAAUACGGAGUGAGAACAGGUCAUCCCAGGUUUUUCAACCAGCUGUCCACUGGGCUGGACAUCAUUGGAUUGGCGGGAGAAUGGCUCACCUCCACUGCAAACACGAACAUGUUCACCUAUGAGAUUGCUCCAGUCUUUGUGCUCAUGGAGCAAAUAACCCUGAAGAAGAUGAGAGAGAUGAUUGGCUGGUCAAAUGGAGAGGGGGAUGGGAUAUUUUCACCAGGAGGAGCCAUAUCCAACAUGUACAGCGUGAUGGUGGCCCGCUACAAGCACUUCCCUGAAGUGAAAACCAAAGGCAUGUGUGCCGUCCCCAAGCUGCUCCUCUUCACCUCUGAACAUAGCCACUACUCAAUAAAGAAAGCUGGAGCUGCUCUGGGCUUUGGAACAGAGAAUGUGGUCUUGCUGAAGUGCGAUGAAAGAGGUAGGGUCAUUCCCGCUGAUCUUGAGGCCAAGAUCCUUGACGCCAAGCAAAAGGGAGAGAUCCCACUGUUUGUGAAUGCUACUGCUGGCACCACUGUAUAUGGAGCCUUCGACCCCAUCAACGAGAUCGCAGACAUCUGUGAGAAAUACAACCUCUGGCUGCAUGUGGACGGAGCCUGGGGAGGCAGUCUGCUGAUGUCCAGGAGGCACCGGCACAAGCUGAGCGGCAUCGAGAGGGCCGACUCCGUCACCUGGAACCCGCACAAGAUGAUGGGAGUGCCACUGCAGUGCUCUGCCUUCCUGGUCAGAGAGAUGGGACUGCUGCAAGGCUGCAAUCAGAUGUGUGCUGGCUACCUGUUCCAGCCAGACAAACAGUAUGAUGUCACCUAUGACACCGGAGACAAGGCCAUCCAGUGCGGCCGGCAUGUGGACAUCUUCAAAUUCUGGCUCAUGUGGAAGGCAAAGGGGACUGUUGGCUUUGAGCAGCACAUCAACAAGUGCCUGGAGCUCUCAGAGUACCUCUACACCAAGCUGCAGAACCGGGAGGGCUAUGAGAUGGUGUUCCAAGGAGAGCCCCAACACACAAAUGUCUGUUUCUGGUACAUUCCGCCCAGCCUGCGUGGCAUGCCCGACUGCAUGGAGCGGCACGAAAGGCUGCACAAGGUGGCUCCCAAAAUCAAAGCCAUGAUGAUGGAGUCGGGGACGACCAUGGUGGGCUACCAGCCUCAGGGGGACAAGGUCAACUUCUUCCGCAUGGUCAUCUCCAACCACGCCGCCGCCAAGUCCGACAUCGACUUCCUGGUUGACGAGAUCGAGAGGCUGGGGCAGGACCUGUGAGGGCGCCGCCCUGGUGGUGGAGGCCUUUCCUCUCUGGAUGUGGCACUAACAAGAUUCCCCCUGAGAGGACCCACA